AUGGAGUGUCAAGUGGAGGAAGAGGUGCUUAUAUUAAAUGGUUUUAAGAUACGCGUUGGAAUGAUGGGCAGGGCAAGGCCAUGUGGCGAGGCAAAGUUAACUUCAAGCCGACUGACGUAUAACGACGGCGGUGGCUCCAGGUCUAUCUCCAUGUGUUCCAUCCGGCAAUGUAAAUUGAAGAGAUGUGGAAUGCAGCGUUUUAUCAAAAUUACGUGCAUCGAUGUCACUUAUUAUGUAACAUGCGAAGGUGAUCUCGAAAACUUUUAUAAGGAGCUGAAAAAUGUCUUAAAUAUGCAUGACACGUGCAACGUUAUAGGACGCCCGGAUUGCAUCGGCGGAUUGUCUCGCGUUGUUCAAAUGAAAAACGAGAGGGUGGAAGAUGCGGAUAUCUUACGUCACAAUGUGAUGGCUGACUUUACAACGCUCAAAAAAAAAUCACAAAAAAUUCGCGAAAUGGCGCGCCACAUACAUCCCGGACAGCGUACGCUGUCAAAAACCUUCGAAGCUUUAAAUUUGCACAUUUUCGAGUCUGACAAAAGUGUUGGCGAGUACAAUGAUACAAAAGAGAUUCUAAUAAAUCUAAUGAAGGACCAUGACUUCAUUCUCCUGCAGGACCUUUUUUGCUUGGUAAACCGGAUGAGAGUUUGCAACCUAUUGACGGCGAAAGAAGUGCGGGCACAAGUGGAAAUGCUUCAGGAAGAUGGUUCAUGCAAAAUUGUUGAUAUUCAAGGUGUUGCCACCGUUGUUGCAGCGGAUGCUUCCCGGUGUCUUGAAAGUGUAGCACAACUGGUUGCGUCGGGUCCCGUAACACCUCUUCAACUUGCAGAAGCCCAAAGUAUCUCUGUAUCUCUGGCAGAAUACAAGUUAGUGUAUGCGGAACUUGAGGGUGUCGUGACUCGCGACGACGGGGAUUGUCAAGUCCGAUAUUACCGCAACCCAUUUAUGAGCUGGCCGUUUAUCGACCUAGACGUGUUGUCGUAUGACGUAUACAAAGUCUAG